AUGGCCCCUGUUUGGCCAUGGCUGAGUGCCCUUCUGGCAGCUCUGCCGGUGGCUCUGGCAGGACAUGGCGACCCCAUUGCCCAGAAGUAUAUCGUCGAGUUUGCUGAUGGCACCACUUCGUCUGCUAGCUUCCUUACUACUCUGAAGGACCAUGGCAUUCCCGCCAGCCUCAACCACGACUUGUCCUUUGCUCUUUUCCACGGUGGUUCCUUCACUCUGCUCGACAAUGACCAGGACGAGGCUACCAUUGUCAAGCAGAUCUCUUCAUGGCCUAUAGUUAAGCAGGUCUCUCCAGUCCGAGAGCUACACCAGCCUCGGCGAGAGGUUUCCACUGUCGCUCACGGCGCGUCAGUCCGCCGUAGUAUCACCUCUCGCGGCCUUCGACGCCGUGAUACUGCGGGCCACGAAGGCAAUGACUACCCCCACAUCAUGGCUGGAGUUGACAAGCUUCGCCAAGAAGGCUACCUGGGAACUGGUAUUCGUGUGGCAGUGGUGGACUCGGGUAUUGAUUACAAGCAUCCUGCUCUUGGAGGCUGCUUCGGAAAAGGCUGCCUGGUGGAGUUUGGUUUCAACUUCCUCGACAACACUACUGACCCAUGGGAAGGCCACGAUGGACAUGGAACCCACGUCUCUGGACUGAUUGCUGCUCAGCCUAACCCCUACAACUUCACUGGUGUCGCCCCGAAUGUUACUCUGGGUCAUUACAAGGUCCUUGGACAGAGAGUCGUGAAGACAGGCACCGAUAUCGUCACUGCUGCCUUCAAGAAGGCCUAUGAAGACAAGGCAGACAUCAUCUCUGCUUCCUUUGGCACGUACAAGGGCUGGAGCGAUGAGCCGUGGGGGCAAUUGAUCCAAAAAGUAGCCGAGGCUGGCGUUCCUUCUUUCGUUGCUACUGGCAAUGACGGUUACUACGGUCUUUUCCUCGCCUCCAAUGGUAUCGACAACUCUGCCGGCAUUGGCAUCGGAUCUGUCAACAACUUGUACAGCCCUCUGUUGCUGACUGGGGCUUCUUACACAACCCGAAACACCACCAGACAGUUUGGCUGGCAGAUUGCAGGUACCUCCGACUUCAAGAACGGCUCAUAUGCCCUGUACCCGAGCAGCCUCAAUGCGUCGAUCGUCGGUGACUCUUGCAAGCCUUGGACGGGCAACCACCCGAACCUCACUGACAAGAUUGUUCUCAUCCGCUAUGGUGGCUGCCGCGGCAGUGAGCAACAGGCCAACGCCGUUAAGGCCGGUGCUAAGAAUAUUCUUUUCUAUAAUAACGAGCCCGGCACCUAUGAGUUCUCCACCCAGAACCCUGCUCUCACUGGUUUGGGUAUGGUCUCAGCCCAGACUGGAGAGAAAUGGGUGAAGCUCGCUGCAUCUGGCGCAAACAUCACGCUGAACAUGAUCAGCGAAAAGUACGCCAAGACCAUCUUCAUCAACGAGACCAACCCCCAAUCGGGAGGUCAAAUCAGUGAAUACACCCAGUGGGGACCUAGCAAUGAGAUCCUCCCUGUGACGGCUGCUUCUGGAGUUGGUGGAUUCAUGAUUUCGACUUGGCCGCUCCUUGAAGGUGGCUAUGCCAUAGAGAGUGGUACUUCAAUGGCCACCCCUUUCGUCGCUGGUUGCAUCGCUCUUCUGAUGGAGGCUCGUGGCAAGGGCAAGGUGACUCCGGCCGAGAUCAAGUCUCUGCUGUCGACUACCUCCAACCCUAAUGUCUUCCAUGAUGGUGUUACUGCGUCGCCCUUCCUGGGAUCUGUUGCGCAACAGGGUGGUGGUCUUAUUGACGCUUACAAGCUCGUGCACACUACUACCAAGUUCAAUGUGAGCACCAUUUCGUUCAAUGAUACCGACCACAUCGCCCCGGCCUAUAUCCAAAUCAACAACACUGGCUCCUCGCUGCGUGUUUACACAGUCGGCCAUGUCGGCGCCGCCACUGUCUACACGCUACCGGACAACAGCUCCAUUCCCCAGGAGAACAAGCUCGGUCACUUUGUGGACCGCACUACCGUUGGUGCCUCGUUACGGUUCAGCAAGUCUACCGUGGUCGUUGCCGCUGGCGGCUCUGCUGUGAUCAAGGUCACUGCCACUCCCCCUAAGAGUCUUAUUUCUCGCCGCAUCCCUGUCUACAGUGGAUACAUCACCAUUAACGGUACUACUGCGAGCGACUCCUUCUCCGUUCCUUACCUGGGUGUUGCCACUGCUAUGCGUAACGUGACCAUCCUGGACACCACAGGGGAUAGCAACCACCUCGUCGACAGCGUCAACAGUGCGCGCGUCCAGGCCAACCAGCAAUUCGUUCUCCCCAGCCAGGGCGGUGCACUCAAACAAGCAAACACCAGCUACCCCAUCUUCCAACCCCAGCUGUCCAUGGGUACCGAUCUGCUUCUGGUCGGUAUCCAGGCUGCCAAUGGCAGCACCAUCCUUCCCGUGGCUAACCCUCAGACAGCCCUCCCCCGGACCGUGGAGGGUCUUACUGAUGCCAAGACUAUUUCCUUCACUGGUAAGCUGGCGAAUGGAUCGUAUGUUCCAGCUGGUGACUACUCGCUUGUUGUGCGUGCGCUGAAGAUCCUUGGCGACCGUGCCGACCCGAUGGACUAUGAUACUGUGAAGACCGUGACCUUCGGAAUCACGUAUGCCCCUGCCGCUGCUAAUUAA